AUGAGACAUUUGCUCUGCAUCGUUGUUACAUUGACUGCUGUCAUCUACUGGGCCGGGAAAAUUCAUGGAGAGCCAGUACAGAAUAAUAACACAUCCACACCUCUCACCGAUUAUGAAAAACUUGCAGCCAAUGAUUUCAAAGAUUUACUUCUUUCGGAUGUUUCCAAGCGAUACACACUCGAUACCUUCGAGAGUGGUGUUUGGAGGAUUGGAGACAUUCAAUACUUUGAUUCAUCAUGUAACGCACUGAGAUUUCCAUUUGCUCAAUUAACCAGCACAGGAGAUAGUAUCACCAUCAGUAAUCCUCUUCGAUCAGAUGACGCCUUCACUCUCAAAUCAUUUAUCAAAAGACCUAUGAGCUCAUUGUAUAAUGCAGUAUUGACAUCCAAAGGCAAAAUUGAUGCCCUUGUUUGUGCCAACAUUGUUUUGAAAGAUUCAACAGCCAAAAUUGCAUUCAACUUUGCCUUUGUCACAUGUGGAUUGAAUAAUAACAAUAUUGAGACAUUCACUCCUUCUUGCGAAUUAGAUUCCCAAAACCAAGUUCAAGAUAUGGUUGUUGUUUAUGAAAAUCCAGGAACUGUUGCCAGUGGAAUCAUUGCCGCAGUAGUCAUUGUUAUUUGCCUAUUCUUCCUUUGUGUCGCAUGUUUCAUUGGUUUGUGUGUCUGUUGUUGUUGCCUUGCAAAUAGAAACACAAGAACCAGACAAGAGUCCUACAACCAAUUCUGA